AUGCGGGCUCAGAAACGCACGCGCAUGCGCUGCACAACAGCUCUUUCGCUCGCACUCGCGGCACUCGCGCCCUCCACCGCCGCUGCUUCGUUCUUCUCCGCCUCGCUCGACGCCCUCCGGACUCGCGCCCUCGUCCUCCCUCGACAGGCGGCCGGAGCAGAUGCAGUGGGCGUCGUCUACUCAAACACGUCCGUCGCGCAGCCGACAGUCGUCUCCGCCACCACCGAAGGACGCUAUGGCCACGCAUCCAUCUACCUCCCUCCGCCGACGAACCAACUCCUCCUCAUCGGCGGCCAAGUCCGCGAGAACGGCACGCAGAUCACAAACGAGGUCCUCAGGUUCUACGUUGGCUCGACCUUCCUCUGGGGCGACCGGCCCGUCUCCGCCAUCCCCGACAAUCCCUCGAAGGAUGACUCUCUUUCGACGGGCUUGCCGGCAACGGCGUGGGCUGCAGCGGCGCUCACGAGCGGGACGAGCGGGCAGGAGACAUGGCUUAUUGGUGGAAUGACGGCGAACUGCGAGACCGACGGACUUGUUCAUACUCUCAAAGGCUCGUCCUCGCCGUGGUCGACUCCCUCGCUCUCGCCGCGAGUCCCGCCCAGGCGUCGUCAGGCCAAGGCUGUUUCCGUCAGCAACUCGACGACUGGCGGAACGGACGUCUGGGUCCUCGGAGGAAUCGCAGAGCAGUACACCUGUUCAGGCGAGACGAUCGGCUACGUCGGGCUCGACAGGUUCGACACGGUCAACGGAGUCGUCGAAUCGAUGUCGUGGACGGCGCCCGUCGGGAUGGCCGCAGCGAGCUCAUGGGAACCGCCUGUCAGUGACUAUACGGCGACGCUUCUUGCUGGCGGCGAGAGCUUCGUCGUUGUUGGAGGACAGACGUCGGAGGGAACGCUCACCGACAUGACGCAUGUGCUCGUCUUCGACACCGCCUCUCGCUCGUGGACACAGCAGGCUGUCUCUGGCACCGGACCGUCCCCUCGCAUGGGCCAUGUCGCCGUCGCUCUCGCUUCCGGCUCGAUCCUCGUCCAUGGCGGUGUCUCGAUGACCCACUCUCCCCUUUCCGACGUCUUCAUCCUCAAACCGUCCUCCGCCGGCACCUGGACCUGGACGCAAGUCGUUACGUCCGACCACUCGAUGGCCUCGCCCUCUCUCGCUUGGCACACUGCCAACCUCGUCGAAGGUGGGACGAUUGUCGUCGCAUUCGGCAUCGACGCUUCCUCCGCUGCGCCUAGCAACGCCUUCUGGUUCCUCACCGUCGACGAAGCGAGCGGGACAUACACCUGGAAGGACACCUUCGACGGCAACCAAGCGGCUCUCUCGACCGCCACGGCGUCGUCGACGAGCAAGCUGGCGCGGAGGAAGCCGGUCGAGUACAUCUACAACCCGAAGGCGUCGACGGAGGCGCCUGCUCCCGCUCAGACGUCGUCUCCGGCGUGGACUGGCGGCGACAGCGGCAACUACGGAGGAGGAAGCGGCGAGGCCGCUACUUCGGCUGCAGCGGUCGCACCUGCUUACACGCCUCCCGCCGCCAAGUCCUCCUUCUCUUCCUCGGCCACCGUCGCCAAGUCGCCCUCAGCCGCCGCCGCGACGAAAUCCUCGACUUCUUCGUCGGACAGCUCGUCUUCCUCGUCCUCGACCAUUAUCGGCGCGUCAAUCGGUGCGAUUGGCGGCGCCGUCGCGCUCGCCGGUCUCGCCUUCUUCAUCCUCCGCCGCCGCGCCGCAUCGCAGCUCACGGCUCCUUCGACGCCAAUGAUGGGCUACUCGUCGGGCGGAGCAGGUGCAGACGGCGGCGCUCCCUUCGUCAGCCAGCUCAUGUACACUCGUCCUUCGCAAAAGCGAAACAUGAGCCUCGGCAGCACUGUCUCGGCUCUCUCGCCUCGCGCCGACUCGAUCCCGCCUCAGUCGCCUAUCGAAGCGAUUCCUGAAGAUGCUGGGGAGAAUCUGGCGGGACUCGGAGCCCGCGGGAUGGGCGUUGCAGCGGAUCCGUUCGCGGAUACUUACCGCGUCAACGAGGUCGGACAGCUCGAGCGGUCGUCUUCGCAGGCUUCCGGCGUAUCGUCGACAAACGGAGUCGUCGGCGCAUCCUCUACACCGUCGAAGAGCUCGCCGCUCAAAGCCUCGGUCCAGAGCAUCCCCUUCCUCUCGAGUAUCACUGGCGGACCCGCUUCGAACGACAACGACGUCUACACUUCUCCCGCGCCCACGCUUUCCGCCAAGUGCUCACUCCGCCGCCCUUCGCAGAACCUCCCAUCUCUCCCCGUCCCCGGCACUCCCGCCGAGCUCAUCGGCGUCGCAAUUACCUCGGACGACGGCCAUGACAACGCCUCCGGACUGCCGUACCUUUCGUCGACCGCCUCCGCACCGCAGACGAGCUGGGACCCGGCCCAGGAGAUCAGGCCAGUCACGCCGGCGAUGGGCAGGAAGUCGGUUGACGGAGGCAAGGCUGGCGAUCUGCCGUCGUCGCUGAGGCCUGGCACUCCUCUCAGGGUGGUCAACCCCGAUCCCUUCGUCGACCAGUAG